UCGAGUGAGAAAACAGCAUUUUCUAUCAAAAAUAAUAAAAUAUUUUUACAACAAUCACAAAAAAAUGUGCUCACUAAAAGUGUGUUUAAUCUUCGUCGCGGCAGUUAUUGCUGUCAGCUGCAUAAGCAGUACAAAUGCUGCCGUAUUCACACAACCCGCUGCCUUCCAUCCUGCACAUCGUGGCAAGUGCUUCGAUAAGAUCACCCGUCGUGCCAUGCUGCCGAACAAGGAGUACAAGCCGAAAGGCAUUUGCGCCGUCAUGACAUGCGACAUACACAGACAGACGAUCAAUAUUGAGACCUGCCCGUACGUGGAGAUGCCCGGCUGUGAAGAGUUGCCCAGCGAUCCCAAUUGGGCGUUCCCCAAGUGCUGUGCGCAAUUCAAGUGCACGGACUUCAAGACCGGCAAGGAGUUCAUUGUGUCGGCGUAGAGGCCAUUAAGCUGCGCUGAGCGGAACAAUAAAUAAAUUAAAAUAAUAAUGAUAAGAAUACUCAAGUGCCGCAUGCCACGCGUUGAAGGCCGGGAGGGCAGUGUUGGGUGCAGUAUGGCAGUGCGAAGGGCGGGCGUGAGUAGGGAGGCGUGUGGCGCGAAAACGUGAUUUUAUGCUUUUACUUACCAUUACUACCUUUAACUACUAUUAAAACUACAAAAUACUAUUUUUAAAUGUGUGAAUCGUCUACAAAGUGUGCGUGCCUGCAGCGUUAAAGCUCUUUUGAGGAGCUACUACUCUGGCUUUAAUUAUGUUAUUCUAAAUUUUUUGUUAUUACUCAACUGUCUCACUCAUUAAAAACUUCAUUAGUGUGUAAGAUUAUUUAUUGAAAAAAAAAAAUCAAAAUCAAAAACAAAAACAAAUUGUAAAUACUCGUUUUUCGCCUAAAGUUUU